UAUAAUUACAUCAGCACCGAAAACAUGGUUUUGGUACUUCAACAAAUACACGAUAUGAGUUAUUUUUAUUCCAUUAUACUUACUAUCGUGUUAGUUAUUUCGAUAGUAAUUUUGCUAAGGAAAAAAAAACUAAGACAAUUUACUUUGGCUGCUCAAAUACCUGGUCCAAAAGGUCAUUUUAUUGUCGGAAGCCUAACGAUUUUAAUUCGACGACAAAUAAAGUUUAUAAAGAACUUGAAACAAUUAUGUAAGAAGUACAAGCAUUCAUUAUUUAAAUUUUGGUUUUUUAACAAGUUGGUUGUUUGUGUAUCCAACGCCGAUGAUGUAGAGGAAGUAAUGAAUAGUUUAAACUGUUUUCAAAAGAAUAUACCUUAUUCGAUAAUUGAAGACGUUUUCUCGAUUAAGGGAUUAAUUACAAAUAAUAAUAUACACGACUAUAAAAGAAACAGGAAAAUUAUAAAUCAAUGGCUAAAGUAUUCAAAUUUAAAAUCAUUAAUUACUUUAUUCUACGAAGAAUCUAGAAUUCUUGAACACAUAUUGAGUGAAAAGAGUAAAAGAAAAUCAAUGGAACUUGAAAUAAGCCAAUUUUUCGAACUAGCAUCGAUAGACACUAUUGGAAGAACAGCGUUGGGAGAAGAAUUUAAUUCACAAAACAAAGAAAACCACGAUUUCCGAAAUAGUUAUGCACGUCUAGCAGAAAUCUAUGCAUACCGACUUUCGAAUCCGUGGUUUUUAAGCUCAAGUUUAUUUUCACUGUCAUCGAAAAAACAUGAACAACGAAAUAGUCAACAUUUAAUGCAUGAAUAUGUGAAUGAUUUAAUUCAGAAAAAAAAAGUCGCGCUCAAUGAAAAAGCUAAAUCUACCAUUAACGGGUGUCGUGAUGAAGAUUGUAGUUAUCAAAAGCCUAAAUAUCUAAUUGAAAUUCUGUUAGCAAACGAACAUCAAGUAACACAUAAAGAAAUGAAGGACGAACUUAUAACCAUUAUAAGUGCGGGACAUGAAACAACUGCAAAAGCAAAUUCAUUAGUUAUAUUUAUGCUGGCUCAUCAUCAAGAUGUUCAACAAAAUGUAUAUCAAGAAUUAAAUUCAAUAUUUUCGGAUGGUGAUUUUAACCGACCGCCUACAUACGAGGAUUUACAAAAAAUGGAAUACUUAGAACGCGUUAUCAAAGAAACCAUGCGACUUUAUCCAGCUAUUCCUAUAGUGCUCAGACAAGUACAAAACGAAAUGAUGAUUGGAGAAUAUCUUAUCCCGGCGGACACUAUUAUUUUGAUUCCGAUUUAUUGUUUGCAUUCAAAUCCACAUAGUUAUAAGGAUCCAGAUCAAUUUAAUCCUGACAACUUCUUACCUGACGUGUGUCGCAGUCGUCAUCCUUAUGCGUACAUUCCUUUUAGUGGUGGCACAAGAAACUGUAUUGGAAUGAAAUACGCAAUGCUCCAAAUGAAGAUUGCGAUAUCUACUCUUGUAAGGUCCUACCGUUUUUCGCCAUCAAAGAAAUGCCCUACUCCGAAAGAUCUUAAAUUAUCGUGUACUAUAGCACUGGAAUUUAGCAACGGAUGUUAUGUUAAAAUAGAACCAAGAUCGUAA